AAAAAGACUUACCGUUUAAUUUGUUAAUUAUUUCAUAUUAUUAAUAAUAGUGUAUAAAGUUAUGUAAAAAAUUAAAAAUAUUUAUUUAAAAAAAGUUUUAUCCAAAACAUGGAAUCAAAGAUUCAUUCGUUCAGCUGUUCCACUGAAGUAAACAAAAUACUGUCACAACACAGCCAUCAGUCGGCCAUCAGUGACAAACAAUGCCAAAAGUACUGUCAGUGUUGCGAUUGCGAAGUCCCGCAAACCAUCCAAGAGUCUGAUUCAGCCACAAGUGAUGAUUCAAAUAACACUGGUCUUCAUCCUCGUCGUCGGAGAUAUCAAACCAAACAGAUACUGAUACUCAUACUACUGGCUUACGGCAACUUCUGGGUGGCCGCCUGUGUAUCACUUCAGGCCCCGUUUUUCCCCAAAGAAGCUGAAUCUAAAGGUGCUACACCCACACAAUAUGGACUGAUAUUUGGUAUUUACGAACUAUGUAUAGCCAUCACAUCGCCAUUGUUUGGCAAAAUGAUUGCAUCAGUCAAUCCGAUAUUACUGUCCGAAAUCGGACUGUUUAUUGCCGGCCUGAGUACCGUUAUAUUCGGACUAUUGGAUCAAUUGCCAGCCGGUACGCCAUUCAUUACAGCCUGUUUUGCUGUACGUAUUGUCGAAGGUAUAUCGGCCGCCGCUUUCAUGACCGCUUCAUAUGUAAUAAUGGCCAAAGAGUUUUGCGACCGAAUUGCCACAACAUUUUCACUACUGGAAACCUGUUUCGGUUUGGGUCUCAUAUUGGGACCGACACUCGGCGGCGCUUUCUACCAAUUGGGCGGCUUUUUGUUGCCAUUUGUCAUAUUAGGCUCAUUCCUGCUGUUGGGCGGUGUCUUUACAUUCAUAUUAAUGCCCAAAACCGUUGAAGUAUCGCAACAAAAAUCGGGUAAUCUCUGGAAAUUUAUAUCCGAUCCGGGAAUACUAUUGGACGCACUGGCCAUCACUACAUCACUUAAUUUCAUCGGUUUUAAUGCGGCAACACUUGAACCACAUCUGAGAAGAUUUAAUUUAUCGCCAAUCAUUAUGGGAUGUAUUUUUGUCAUUUCUGGCGGCAUUUACGCUAUAACUACACCCAUUUGGGGACGACUUUGUGAUAAAGGGUUUAAUCCAAAAAAGUUAUGUCUGUUUGGAUCAAUACUUUCAUUAGUCGGCUUCACAUUCAUCGGACCGUUAGAUUUCAUCGCCAUUGAACCACAACUAUGGCUUGUAAUUACAUCAUUGGUAUUCAUCGGUUUGGGUAUUGCCUCCAAACUGGUCACUGCAUUCAUCAGUGCAUUACACGACUCUAUCCAUCGCCGAGGCUUUCCCGAUGACAUAUCGACCUAUGGUCUGGUGUCGGCCAUGUUUUUUUGUGCCUGUUCUAUAGGUGCAUUCAUUGGGCCCACUUUAGGCGGCUUUUUGUUGGAAACCAUAGGCUACCGAAAGUCUACUCUAGUUAUUCUUGUUAUUGACAUUAUUCUGGUAUUAAUUAUUAUACAUUUUUGA